CAAAWGGGCGGAGUUAUAAUGAAAACAAAACGUGAGAUAAAAUGUAUUGAAAUUAUAGUAAUAUUUUGCAAACAUUUAUUCAACGGUUUGUUAGUCCCGAUCACUGACCACACGGUUUCGAUGCCACGCGUGAGGCCAAAGCUCAAGACAACCGCUGCAAUCAAUGGCCACAAGUAUUCAUCGCUUUGGUUUGCAUUGAAAGCAACACAAAAUUAUCGACAUUUGCGUUACAAACCAUCGAUAAAUUAUUGCCGAAAUUAUCACACAAUGAAUGGUUUUACCGAUGAAAAUAUGGACACAAAUACUCAACGGAUGAAACAAUUGAAAGUCAAUGAACUCAAUGAUGACAUCUUGAGUGGUAAAUCAGUAACCAAUGAAGCGCCAGAAAACAGUUUUAAAGUGAUUGAUGUGAACGACAAAUCAGUUUUACUUGUGGUCACCGAUGAAGAUAAGGUUCUUGAGUUAAAUUAUGGAUCAGUUCGGUUGACUCUAUUGUCGCAUAACUAUGAUCUCCAUAUUAAUGGUUAUUCUAUAUCAGUGGACAAAUGUGUUGAUUUGUCCGCUAUUUUUGAUCACACAAUUGUUAUUAGGUAUCGACUAAAUGAAAAUCAGAGACAACCGAUUGAUAGUAUUAGAGAUAAAUUACAGACAUUAGGGGUUACGGAUGUCGAGACAAUUAUCAAUCAAUUAGAAGAAAAUUCGUGUUUUAUUUUGUUAGAAAAGAUAACAAUGAAUUCAUUAUUAUAUUUGGAAACUCUUCCAAACUUUAAGCCGACAAAUCUAAAGUUAAUCAAAGAUUGGUUUAAUAUGAGAUCAAUUGCUGCCAAUAACUAUAACAGUCAUUUGGUUUGGGACAGACUUUUUGAUGAAUUGAAACUUAAAAACAAUGAUAUGAUUGUUGUUACCGGCGGUACAAAUGUUGGCAAAUCGAGUCUUAUUCGUCAUAUGAUUAAUAGGUAUUUAUUUGAACGCAAUGUCGAUGACUAUAGUGAAUGUCUAUAUUUGGACACUGAUCCCGGACAGUCUGAAUUUAGUACAGCGGGACAGUUAAGUUUAAGUAAAAUUAAGGAACCGAUGCUUAGCUCAACAGUUUUGAAUGUUAUCAAUGAUAAACCAUUGAUGUCAUGCUCAGUGGCGGCGACCACACCGAGCAAAGCGGCCCGACUUUAUAUGUCAAGUAUCAGUCAAUUGAUUCAUUUCUUUAGAAAAGAUCUCCAAUCAAAAGGACCGCUCUUUAUCAAUACAAUGGGAUGGACUCGUGAUCUCGGUUUAGCUUUGCUCACAGAUAUCAUUAAAAUAGCGCUUCCAACACAUUUGAUUCAAAUAAACUCAACCAUUGAACCAAAAAAUAAUUUUCAAUUUGAUUUAACAUCAGAUGCUAUCAAACGUUUCAAUGGUUAUCGAUUUGAUAGCUUUGAUAGAAACCGACACUUGAAAUAUAAAUUAUCUAUCAUUGAGUCAAACAAUAGACGCGUUAAGAAAAAUCAAAUGACCAGAGAUUUACAACAGUUGUCAUAUAUGGCUAAAAUGCCGGACAUCUUAUAUAAGCCAAUAUAUGCAAUGAAUCCGUACAAAUUAUUGUGGUCCAAAGUUUAUGUCAAAAUUCAAUUAGACUCUCGUUUUGCACCAAAAUUAUCACUGGAUGUUCUCAAUUGUUCGUGGAUUCAUUUGUGUCGAUUAGAUCCUAAAUUCAUUGAUAAAUAUUAUGUUGAAAUGGGAAUCAAAUUUAUUGAUUCAAUUGACAGAAAUGAGUGCUUCGGAUCAGCAAUUAUUAGAGGAAUUGAUUUCCAAAAUAAAUGCUUUUAUAUAUUGAGUCCCGAAAGCCGAGAAAUACUAGAAUCAGUCAAUUGUAUUGUCAGACCAUCGGGUAUUAGUAUACCGGAUAAGAUAAUGUUAGAGCAACUAAAUUAUUCUUCGACGUCCAAACUUCCAUAUAUUUUUAAUAAAUCAUAA